AUGAGAAGCUGGACCCACCUCCAUUUCUACGACCACAACCUCCUUGCCGGCCCAAACGUUACGGCCCUGCAUCUCAACGCUAAAGGCCCUCUACAUUCGAACGACACGGCCGGUUUGUUUGGGCCGUUAACCAUGAUGGAUAGCCCUUUGACGCUGGAACCCGAGCUCAGCUCCACCACGGUAGGAAGCGCUCAGGGGCUCUACGGCGUCGCUUCCAGGACCGAUGCCGAUUUUGUGGAGUUAUUCAACUUUGUGUUUACCACCGAUAAUGCGCACCGAGGAAGCACCAUCACUGUGUUGGGACGCAACUCCAUAUUUGCCCCCGGGAUAAGGGAGAUGCCGGUCGUCGGCGGCACCGGAGUUUUCGGGUUCGCUCGUGGGAAGGUUCAUCUCAAAACGCACUCCUAUAAUGCUACAACCGGAAACGCGAUCGUUAAGUACGACAUCUACGUCUUUCACUAUUGA